AUGAGGUACUGCAUUUCGGAAGCCAACGAAUACCUCGUCGUCACAGGUGCUGGCGUCGAGGAUGUUCGCGUCGUGAAGAAAGCCCUGGUCUAUCCAUGGCAGAAGGUGGCCCGCAUCAGUGUCACCCCGAUGGACUUCUCCCUGAAUCUACAGGCCAUGUCGAUUGAGAAGCUCCAAUUCGCCUUACCCGCAGUUUUUACCAUAGGUCCCAACAACCAGCCUGAGAGUCUCAAGAAGUAUGCUUUGCUUCUCACGGGAGCCCCCGAUGGCUCCAAGCCUGCCAGCAGCCAGGCAAAGGCCAUCACCCCUGGACAACGAACCCAUGUUCAAGACAUCGUCAAGGGCAUCAUCGAGGGUGAGACACGGGUCAUUGUCGGCCAGAUGACUAUGGAAGAAAUCUUCAAAGAGCGACAAAUUUUCAAGCAAAAGGUCAUCGAAAACGUUCAGAAGGAAUUGGACCAGUUUGGUCUCUGCAUCUACAAUGCCAACGUCAAAGAACUCCAAGAUACUCCAGGCUCCGAAUACUUCGCUUUCCUCAGCCGCAAAGCCCAUGAGGGCGCUUCCAACCAAGCUCGUAUCGAUGUUGCCGAGGCCCGCAUGAGAGGUGAGAUUGGCGAGGCUUCCAAGCGUGGUCAGACCAAGCAAGAGAUUUCCAAGAUCGACGCCGACACCGCAGUUCUGGAGACCAAGCGAAAGUCAGAGAAAGCCCAGGCCGAUGCUGAACUCACAAAUCGUCAGACUGAGCUUGACAUGGGCAUCCAGAUGAACCAGAUCAAAGCACGUCGCGCCGCCGAAGCCCGUGAUGCUGAGCUUCAGAAAGAGGUUGAGACCAAGAAAGCAGCUACUGAGCUUGAACGCCUCCGUGCCAAAGAUCUGGUCAAGUCCAAGAUCGCCCGCGAGACUGCCGCUCAAGAUGCCGAUGCCGCUUUCUACACCUCGAACCGAACGGCCGAUGCCAAGGCGUACGCUGAGCGCCAGGAAGCCGAAGCCCAAUUUUUCGUGACCGAGCAAGUUACCAAGGCCACUGUGUCUCGCCAGAUGCAAGAAGCAGACGCGAACUACCACCAAAAGAUGCGCGAGGCCGAGGCGCUCAAGGCACAGGCUGAAGCCUACAAACACAUGGCUGAAGCAUUCGGUGGCCCACAGGGUCUGCUGCAGUACAUCAUGCUCCAGAACAAUGUGCAUGAGAAGCUGGCUCUUGCCAACGCGAAAGCUGUCCAGGGCCUCAACCCCAAGUUCACCAUCUGGAACACCGGCUCUACUGGCGGCGAAGGUGGUGCAGGCGAUCCUAUGGCUAGCAUCCGCAACGUCAUGCAGAACCUGCCACCCCUUCUCAGCACCAUCAAUGAGCAGACUGGUAUUGCACCGCCCAGCUGGAUGAUCAACAUGCCUCCAGGGCAAUACGAACAGUAUCAGCAACAACUAGCAAAGGAGAGCAAGAACGGCCAUGCCCGCAAGGAGAGCUGGGAGGGGUGGGACGCCAAGAAGACUAAGCAGUAG